ACUCUACAGUUGUAGAAGCAUGUAAUCUGUUAUAAACGGACUAGUUAGCCUAUAAUUCUAUAAACAUUAUUUACUCACACAUGCCUUCCAAGUUGUGACAUUUUCACAUUUUAAGCAUGUUUAGUGGUGUCUAAUUUUAAUAAAAAUUAUUAAUUUUAUAAGUUUUCAUAAUGGAUAUAGGAGAAUUAUUGUCUUAUAAGCCACCAAAUACUCCAAAACGUUCAGCCCCAGGAGAAGAGGAUGAUGAAGAUGAAUGGGAUGCCAAAAGAUCAAAAAAACUUAUUAAAACACCGUACCAUCCUCGCCAAAGACAUACAAGACACGCUCCUGAAACUCCUACACCAGUAAGAGCAACCCCUGUAAGAACAAGUGAACCACCUACUCCAAUUCGUGCAGCACUUCCUGCUCCAGAAAAUGAUGUUGUAGAACCACAAUUAACUCAAGAGCAAAAAGCAGAUAUCUUGAAGUAUGUUGAAACAGAAGCAGCAGAGGUUGAGCCAUUAGAUGAAACAAAUUUGAAGAGAAUGAUUUUGUUGUUUGAAAAGAGAGCUUUGAGAAACCAGGAAAUGCGGGUGAAAUUUCCAGAUCAGCCUGACAAAUUUAUGGAGUCAGAAGUUGAACUUCAUGACGUUUUACAAGAACUUCACGCUGUUGCAACUAAUCCAGAGCUUUAUCCUGUGAUGGUAGAGUUAGGUAUAGUGCCAUCGUUGCUUGAAUUAUUGGCACAUGAAAAUACUGAUGUUGCAGUAGGAGUUGUAGAUUUAUUACAAGAGCUCACAGAAUCUGAUGUUUAUAAUGAAGCAGCAGAAGAAGCUGAUACAUUGAUAGAUGCAUUGUUACAGCAACAAGUCUUUGCUUUAUUGGUACAAAAUUUGGAUAGACUUGAUGAAACCAUUAGUGAGGAAAGUGAUGGAGUCUUUAACACGUUAGCUAUCUUCGAAAAUUUGUUGGAAACUAGACCAGAAUUGUGUGUGGAAGCUGGCAAACAAGGUUUGAUAGCAUGGUUAUUGAAAAGAAUAAAAAUGAAAACUCCUUUCAACACAAACAAACUUUACGCCAGUGAAAUUUUGUCCAUCUUGCUCCAAAAUACUCAAGAGAAUAAGCUUUUACUAGGUGAUCAAGAUGGGAUUGAUGUGCUUCUCCAACAGUUGGCUUAUUAUAAGAGGCACGAUCCCCAAACAGAUCAAGAACAGGAGUUGAUGGAAAAUCUUUUUGAUAUCUUGUGCUCAAGUUUGAUGGAAGCAGUUAACCGUGAAAGGUUCUUAAAAGGUGAAGGACUCCAACUUAUGAAUCUUAUGUUGAGAGAAAAGAAAAUGUCACGAAAUGGUUCGCUGAAGGUUCUUGAUUAUGCAAUGAACGGUGCUGAUGGUAAAGAUAAUUGCAGUAAGUUUGUUGAUAUUCUUGGCCUUAGGACAAUAUUCCCCUUGUUUAUGAAAACCCCCACGAAAAAUCGAAAAAAAAUCGUUACCGCUGAAGAACAUGAAGAACACGUCGUAUCUAUCAUAGCUAGUAUGUUAAGACAUUGUAAAGGUCAACAACGUCAGAGGCUACUCAGUAAGUUUACUGAAAAUGACUAUGAAAAAGUUGAUCGGUUGAUGGAACUCCACUUCAAAUACCUUGAAAAAGUAGAAGAAGUAGAAAAAAAUGCAAAGGAUGAUGAUGAUGAAGAAGAGACAAUGAUUAAAAGACUGAACGAAGGACUCUUUACUUUGCAAUUAGUCGAUUAUAUAUUACUUGAAGCUUGCAUUGGUUGCCCACCAGCUGUAAAGCAGAGAGUAACACGAAUUCUUACCCAGAGAAGAGCCUCGCUUAAAACUAUUAGAAAUAUUGUAAGAGAAUAUGCCGGAAAUCUAGGAGAUGACGGAGACGUUGAGUGGAAGGAAGCGCAGCAACAACACAUUCUUCAAUUAAUCGACAAGUUUUGAAUAUUUUUUUUCAACCUAAUUAACUCAAUUUUAUAUCAUAUGCGAUAUUUCAUCUGUUUAUAUUAUACUAUUUGAUUCACAAAAAGUGAUUAAUAUAAGCUCACCUAAAGACACAUGCGAAGGUAUCAUUAAUUUGUAUUUGUAUUGUUAAAUAUUUUCAUGGUGUUAUGAAGCUAAUUCAUCAUGAAUUCAAAUAAAUUAUUUACACUAACAAG